AUGAAACAUGCUGUGAACUAUCUCUUUUUUAUAGAGAAUAUGUUUUCGGAAUAUUAUACUAUUGGUAGAUAUCCAGUGCAAGGGGAGUUUAUGGUGAUGGCUUACGAAGCAUUGAACAACGACUUGACAAUUAACGACGAACUGAUAAACAAAUUGCAAGUGAUGGUUUCUACGACUGAGAUGGUACAAAGUUACUUUUUCAUCUGGGACGACUUGGCUGAUAACAGUACUGAACGCGGCGGCAAGCCUUGCUGGCAUUUGUUGGACGAUACCGGUUUUAUUGCGUUCAGUGACGCCUGCAUUAUGAGGAGUUUUAUCAAUGAAAUAAUACGACAAAACUUUAAUGGAGAAAUGUGUGCAAACAUUUUAAGUGUCUAUGAUAAGGUUUAUUUUGUGUCUUCUGUCGGUCAAUAUAUGGAAGUAGAGAUAUCCAGAUCUAGAAAUUAUGAUAAUUAUAACAUGGAAUUGUUAACAAUGCUGAAUAACUUGAAAUCUUCGUUCUACUCCAUCAAGUCACCGCUUUUGCUAGCCCUGGCUCUUAGCAACAAGUUGAACAAAGCGUCUUACGACGUCGUGGAUGAUGUGGGUUUGGAAAUUGGUGCUUUAAUUCAAUAUCAUAACGAUUUGUUAGACUUCUAUAAUGAAAAGGGUGCGAUAAACGUCUGCAAAAGCUCGACGGAUAUACAAGAGGGCAAGUUUACGUGGGUAGCAACAGCAUUCUUGGAGAACUGCAACUCUGAGCAAAGACGGAUCUUCUUAGAGAACUUUGGCAGCGCUGAUCCCGAGAAAGUAAAACGAAUCAUCGAAGUGUACGAUGAGGUAGAUAUAACGAAACUUUACAAGCAAGAGCAACAGAAAUGUUUUGAUGCAUUCAAUAAAAAAGUAUCCAAGUUGCCCAAGAACUCAAUACCCUCUCCGGAAUUCUUCAAAAGUUUUCAAAAUUUAAUUCGUUACUAUUCACAAGACACUAAAAAUUUUAUGUACGAUAAGAAUUAA